ACCAUAGAGUUGAAAGGAGAGAGGCGCUCGGGAAGCGCUCUCUCCGGGCAGCGAGGCCUUUCCGGUUCCGGUGCGCGGGGCAUGGUGGGAUAUCGGGGGAGGCCAUUAGAGCGGUAAAGCUGAGCCCACGCUGAACAGAGAGGUGCCUCGCGGAGCGUUUAGAGCUGUACUGCUGCAAAGAUGUCCAUUGGAGUGCCAAUUAAAGUGCUGCAUGAGGCAGAGGGCCACAUCGUGACAUGUGAGACCAAUACAGGGGAAGUCUACCGUGGCAAACUCAUUGAGGCUGAGGACAACAUGAACUGCCAGAUGUCCAACAUAACAGUGACAUACAGAGAUGGGAGAGUGGCACAGCUGGAGCAGGUGUACAUUAGGGGUAGCAAGAUACGGUUCCUCAUUUUGCCCGAUAUGUUGAAAAAUGCUCCUAUGUUAAAGAGUAUGAAGAAUAAAAACCAGGGUUCUGGGGCUGGACGAGGCAAAGCAGCUAUUCUCAAAGCCCAAGUGGCUGCAAGAGGAAGAGGUCGUGGAAUGGGCCGUGGCAACAUUUUCCAGAAGCGAAGAUAAUUUUGGACUUGACUUACCUUUUUUUUUUUUUUUUUUUAAGGGUUUAAUUUACUACGGGUGCAGCAGUUAGGUUUCUGUUUAAAUAAAAUCUGUUUCUGACAAAAUA